GGCCAGUAAAAUCCAAUAUGUCGGCAAGCUUCAAAACAGAGAGCAAAUUAUGAACGCUGCUAAAAACGUUAUACGAGAUGCUGCUACUUUGAUUAUAGUAGCUCGAAACAGUAAACCUAACAGUCACUUCGACUACAGGAUUUUGUUACUUAAAAGAGCUGACAAGAGUGCUUUUAUGGUAGGUAAAUGACGUUGUAUAUCAGUUUAGUCGACAGCUUUGAAAAUUUCCUGAUUUAGUAGCUUUAUUUACUGCUGUUUCGUGUUUUAACUUUCAAAAUCAGCCUAGCAUGUAUGUAUUCCCUGGUGGUUUGAUUGAGAAACAUGCUGACUUUUCAAAUGACUGGAUGGAACUGUUUAAGCAAUCAUUUGCCAAGUUUGGUACAGACUUCACUACUCUUGUUAAUAUACAAGGACCUCGCCCUCCUGUGCUAAAGAAGUCAACCACAGACAUUCCAAGUGAAGUUGCCCUUAGAAUAUGUGCAAUCAGAGAGACAUUCGAAGAGUCUGGCGUCUUGUUACUGAAAAGCUUUUCUGAUGUGCACCAGGGUGAAAUAAGCAUGGACAUUAUUCAAAACUGGAAGAAAAGAGUUCACCAAGAUCCCAACGAAUUUUUAGUUUUGUGCAGGUAUGCAUGAAUUUUAACGGUAAGUUUAUAACAUUUAUCAAAACAUAUCCACCGUGGUAGUAAGAUUUCCAUACAGCCAUACUGUUUUCUGGGGCAAAAAAAAUGGUCCAUAAUUUCCAGGAAUAGUCCUCCCCAGGGGGAGUACUCCGGAUUUCAAGUGACGGGGAUGAUUGAAGGGCUUUGGGGUUUGAAAUUUUGGAUUUCUCGAUUUUUUUGGGUAGCUUGAUUUAAGUAGGGAUUUCUUGGGGUAUUUAAAACUAAUGUUUGUAUUUUUUGUGUUAUAUCAUUUUAAUGCUCUCUGGAAAUUUUUGUGGCUGGGAAAUUCAGUAUGGGAUUUUUUGGGGUUGAAUUUUGGUCCAGGGAUUUUUUUGGGUUUUGAUUUUUGCCCCCAUUCGAUCAUCCCCAUCACUUGAAAUCCGGAAUACCCCCCUGGGCAGUCCUCCUCACACCUUUAACAGACUAAACCAUGUUACUAAAGAUGAUCUUGGGGAGCAAGGGGUGGCACAGUGGUGAGAGUGCUUGCCUCCCACCGAUGUGACCCAGGUUUAAAUCAAGGCAUCAACGCCUUUUGUGGGUUGAGUUUGUUUGUUCUCUCCUUUGCUCCAAAAGGUUUUUCCGCGGGUACUCCGCUUUUCCUGUCUCCUCAAAAACCAAUAUUCCAAAUUCCAAUUUGACUAGGAAUCAGGUAGACCAAGAACCACUUUGUGGAUAUGCUUCUUCCAAAUCAUUAUUUGUCUAUUUUUUAUUUGUUUACAUUUUAUUUGAAAAAUAACUCAAAUUCACGAUUUCUUUUAAAUGUGUGUCUCAAACCUGCUCAUUUCUCUGUCCAGGUCAUUGCGGUGUGUACCUGAUGUGUGGUCUCUUGGUGAAUGGUCUAACUGGCUGACACCUGUCCACCUACCCAGGCGAUAUGACACCAUGUUUUAUACUUGCUUUCUUGAUAAAGAACCUCCUGUUCUUGUUGAUGAGAAGGAGAUGACUCAUUCAGAGGUGUGUUCAUAAAGGUGAUGUUACACGAAACAAUUCGCAAUGACAAUUUUUAGCACCUCACAGCAUUGCAAUAUAUUUGCGACAUUGUUUCAAAUGGUUCCAACAUUGUUCCAACAUUGCAACGCUGUGUUGCGCUAAAAAUUGUCUUUGCAAAUCGUCCCAUGUGACAUCCACCUUAAUAGGCCCCUUUGCAGCUAGCCAUUCACAUACAGUACAAAGGGACUGGGAAAAUGUGUUCAUUAUAUUCAGGGUUUGUUGCAUUGAAAACCUCAAUUAAACAAAUUUUUGGGAAAAUUUAGCAAAAUGUUCAUUAUAUCGGGGUAUAGUUAAUGAUUAAUUUCCAACGCCCAGCAUUUCCGGCUCUGAACAAUUUCUGUAAUAAACAUUUGUAUACGAAGCUAUUGUCUCAGUUCACAGCUGUACAUGUAAAUUUUAUCCUCGUUGGUCUGUUUCGCUUUCAUCAUUAGCUAUCUUUUGGUCACAUGUUGACAUUUAUUCAUUAUAUCAAGUUAUAUUUUAUGUUUGUGUUUCUGGAUUGUGUUUGUCGUAGGGAGGAUUUCAUUAAAUCGACGUUCGUUAUAUUGAGGUUCUGUUCCAUACAUUUUAUUGUAGUUUUGGCUGAGCUGAAGAAAAUUGUUCAUUAUACUCAGGACUUCAUUAUAUAGCGAAUCAUAAGAUUAAAUCAAGGUUCCACUGUACAUGUAGUACAAAAUUGCCAUGCUGGAGAGUAAGGGCUCACUGAGACAAGACAAACAAACAGCUCACAUCCUUUAAAGUGGUAAUUUCCUUUGUUUGUCUUUUCCCAAUGCAUUCCUUGCUCUCCAGUAUAGCGGUUUUGCACUAGGUGAAUGACUAGCGGCAAAGGGCCUAUUCAUUCAAUUUAUGAAGUGCAUACCGUCAAUGUAACCCCAGAUUUUUGUUAUUUUGGGAUUUUUCAGUCAAAUACAGAAUAAUAAUCAAGAAAAUGAUUUGGGGUGAGGAUUUGCUGGAUUGCAGUGUUUUCACAGGGUUUUCAUGUUUGCCCAAAAAUGCUCUUAAAUAUAUGUUGUAGUUAAUUUUUUAUCUUGGUAAUUUCUAUGUUUAUUUUGUUUCAACUUCAUUAGCAUAUAAUACCAUACCCAAAAACAAAAGAAAAAGGAAAAUUACCUGAAAUAAAAAUGUUCUACGACAUAUACACACCUAACAUGGUUACAGUGAUCCAUUUGCAAUCUACACUGUAAAUACCCACUGGAUUUGACCAUGUCAUCUACACUGUAUUUUCAUUUUAGUGGGUGACACCAGAAGAUGGAGCUUCAAAAUUCAUUGCAAGAAAAAUUAAGAUUGGAAUGCCUCAGAUGUAUAAUAUAUUACAGUUUUGCAGGUAAUUCAAGCAUCUGUUUUAGGGUCUGUGUUGACUUUAGAUGUAUUUUGAUGUCUCUUUCAAUAGGGAUUUGAUAGUACAUAUACUUUGCUGUCAUUAUUUGAAAUUUUUUUAAUUAUUAAAUUUUGAAUUAUUGAUUCUCAUGGCAAAAACAAUAUUUUACUCACUCGCUGCGCUCGGUUAUAAAAUAUUGUUUUGCCACUCAAAAAUAAAAUUCAUAUCUUCGGGCCACCGUGUAAUAUCCUCUAUGUAAUUUAUAUUAAUGUGCAAACUUGAAUGAACUGGAACACUGUCUUAUUCAGUGCAAUGUACCCCUCUAACUCUCUGUUGUGAGAUCAUGAUACAAUGCAAUGCAAUGCUGUUUGUGCAUAUUGAUGUUCAGUCAUUUACUGUGCAGAUUUCCAAAGUGGUCAGAAUUUCAGUCAUUUCAAGAUAGACGUGCAUCUCUAGGAUGUGAACAAUGGCUCACUAUUCUCUUGCAAUGUGCUGACGGAAUGCUGGUGAGUUUGACACCUCUAAGGAGGCAUUUCCUUGGGAGAACUGAAGAUAUGAUUCUUAAUAAUAUCAUUUCAGAUUCUCCUAAGUAAUUAGUGUGAUAGUCAUGUGUGAGGAAAUGGCUUGAACGAAGUCAGUAUUAAGUUUUGACGGGCAGACCACUUUCAGGGCGUGAGGCUUUUGGAUCCAUACCCAAUUAUAAGUGAAGAUAAAAGCAUGAUAAUAUAUCCACUUAGAGUCUGAAUUUCUUAGCCAGGAAUACAAGAUGGUAUUGCAGUCAUGCAGUAAAAAAUGAUGCAAAAAAAUACACGGGUGCUGGGAAGAGAGAGAGAGAGAGAGUAGUGACUGUCUAUUUUUUUCCUGCUUCUGUCCCCUAACCCUUGCCUUAGUUUCACUUGGCAUCUUUUAUUUUCACAACUUCCCUACUAUCUUGUAGUAGAGUAUUUAUUUUGUUUAAUUUAUUAUUUAUUUAUGUUAUUAUUAUCUUAUUUAAAUAAAAUACGAGGAGAAAGUCAGUUGUUGUAGAAUGGUGAGCGGUACUGUUGAGGUGCACUAAAUCACAUGGCAUCUUUGCCUUGUAGAUUAUUAAGUUAUUUUAAUAGUUGUGCUCGAAAUCACUUAAACUGGACCAAAAAGAAGUAGCUGGCCAAUGUAUCUGCGAAAUAGCCUGUUCCGGGCUCCAAGACAGUAAGGUGCAGGGCUUGUGAAAACUGAUGCGAAAAAUGUCGCGUGGAGGCUGGUUGCUUUACUAGAUCACGUGCGUCUUAUUUUUCCUUUACCUGUCUUCUUAACGCUACUAUCUCUUAGCCUGUGCGAAAAAAUGUUUUGUUUCUUUCCCUACUCGAAGCUUAAUCUAAUUGUAUCUUUCAGGUCGUAUUUCCACAAGACGAUCUUUAUCCAUCACUGUAUGACAGAGUAUCGAAUGAUCUCUCUAACAGCGAUACAGGACAAGUGUCAAUUCUGCAGUCACAAGAGACAGUUGCUGAAUAUAGAGCCAAAGCAAAAGACUUAAAUCGAAUUGUUCUUCGUUCUGGUCAUCCGAUUGAAAUACUGAUUAAUGUUACACUUUCUCAUGGACAAUGUUCACCAGUGUCUGAUCUACUUAGAAUUCAAGAACUUGCCAAAGAGUUACAACCGCAAUCUACUCUAUAAACUCUUUGACUUCUUUGAUCAUCACAAGUGUAGAGAUUUGACCCCAACUCUGGGAAUUUGACUUUAGGUAACUUCUCUCUUGAUUUUAUGGUGCUUUUAUAUUUUGCUCAUUCAGUAACAUAGAAAGUUCCUUUGCCGAACUCGAAUUUUGAAUAGCGAAGAACAACGUAGAUUGGCUGGCGAACAAGCAAGGCCUGCCAGCAGAUUACCCCUUUUCCUACCCAAAGUCGAAAAUAUGGGGUGAUCGGUUGUCUCGCCAACACGUCGUUUCGUUAACGUCGCGUGCCUCGUUCUUUAAGCCAUUGUUUAGGCUAAGGCAGUUAGGGAGCUGAGCUAGCACAUUAGGAAGAUGACCAAAGACGUUAGCGGGCAGGAGUUUGGCGAAACGACUUGUAGAAGGAACGAAACCAUAGAUUGCGUAAUUAAUCCUCAAAUGGCCGUGAACAUAAAGGAUUUGGAUGGGAAGUGAGAUCAUAGAUUCAAGAAGAUAAUUGCUGGAAUUUUCAAUAAAAAACACUUGACCUCAAUUACUUGGUUUGUUCUAACUUGCUGUGUGGUUAUUUUCCCGAUCCGGAAGCUUCCGGAGAUAAGGCCAGGCCACGUGGUAGACUGUCAGGCCCUGCGAGUUGAGCAGAGUUUCCUAUCUUGCAUGGCUUUUAGCGUUACGAAGUUUUUCGCGUUGCUUGUCAGUCGCGUAGUUGGUUUGUCUUGUACACCCUAGGGGCGUAUAAAAACCAUGCAUCUACGUGACUGGCAAGCAACGCGAACGACUUCGUAAACGCUAAAAGCCAUAUAUACAAGAGAGAAACUUCUGCUCACGGGGUAGGUAGACUAAUGAUGUUAUAAUCACAUCUCAGAAUGAUAAAACGAAAUGGCAAACUUUUUCAUGUAAUAUAUCAAACAUGAGACGCAGUGUUUCAUCACCAGAUGAAACACCGAGAAGAGAGUUGAAAAUACGACGCGCAGCGGAGUAUUUUUGACGAACUUCCAGCUGUUUCAUCUGGUGAUGAAACACUGUGUCGAAUGUUUGAUUUAUCUUCUCAAACAAAAUCAUUUUUGAAGGAGAAAUUAAGGAUGCAAAUACUGAGCAGUUUUUCAUCCGAUUUCCAAACACUCAUUAAACAUUAAUUUUCUUUGUAUUUUCUCUAUGAAUUAUUAAUGAGUUUGAGAAGUUAUUCUCCCACCCGUAAUCGUCACGUCAUUUACAAACGGUGUAUCUUAUGAUCCCUGAUAACGGGUUGGACUUUUAUGUCAAAGAUUGUAUAUUUUAGUAUCAUUGCAAGUAAAUUUUAAAAUUGAUUUUGCCUUUAUUUAGUGGGAACGAUGUUAUUAAUGACUCCAGAAGUAGUAAGUUCCCAUUAAUGAAAUUUGAAUUCUUAUCGAGUAUUGUGUUCCUACAUUUCUAUGUUUAUUCGUAUUGCCAUCGUCCACUUCCGUGAACAUAACCUGGGCAUUUGGCCUGUACCGUGUAAGGCAAGAUCCGGAAAGAAGCCUCACCGAAUGAGAAAUAACCAAAAAAAGAAUGAGAUAAUGUAAGUUUACCCGAUAUUUCGGGUUGCUAAACAAACCACCUACAGAAGCUAUAACAGGGAAAUGAGAAAAACCGAUCAUCUUUUACCAUCAAUGACAACAUGUGACCCAGUUCCUGCAUCAAAGGCAAGCAACAUCAACCUUGAACUCGUCAUCUUGGGGGCUACCGAAGAAAAUGUAAGGUUCGGACUCUUCUUUUGAGGAUUAUCUGCAAACGAGAAAGCAAACUGUCAUAUAUGCGUGACUCAACAAUCUGCACACCUUCACUCUUGAUCUACAUUAACCAGAAGUGAGGUGUUUUUCCUUUUGAUAUGCCUUGACGCUACCGAAUUGGUAAUGCUAAGUGUCUUUACCAUUGUAGAGACGAUUUGCCCUAAAAUAUGGGCAAAACCACUGUCAAAGAAUAAUUAAAGUCUACAUCCGGUUGACGUGUGUCGCUAAAAAAACUACUUUGCCUUAACUCCCUAGCCAGCUUGCAGCUAGAUGUGUGCCCGCAUCAAAGUCCCAUGCAUAUUUUCAAUUUAAUUAGCACUCUGAGGGAAAUCAACAGCGAUAUUUUUGGGCUUCCCGCCACUCCUUGGACCCGCCCUCUUCACACCUCCACGCAAAGGACUGAUAACUUUCGCUUACAUGACAGUAGAGGCAACGUUCUAAACAAUACGGAAGUUUCAUGCGAAUUGAAGUUUAUAGCUACAAUGACUCACAACGAAAAAAGAAUUAACUGGAUACAGGAAGGUCUUAUAGGGCUCGGAGGUAAGAGUAAUAAGUUCAAUAAUACAACUAAACUAGUCGGUCGAGCUGUUACUCCCAGCUACUCUUCACGUGCUGGAAAUGCUUCGUAAAACAGUAAUAUCACCACACGCCUGACUAUUCUAACAGAUCUUGUCCAUCUGGUUCACAUGAAUUUCUAGCAUUUCUGCCCGCUAAAUUUCUUUAAAUUACCUUAUAAUUUUAGAGGAAGUUUAAUGAAAGGAUUUUUUAUCUUAUUGGAUGGUAAACAGUAAGGAUCAGAACUGCAGUAAAGCGUCAGAUCAGUUAGUUCUGUUUGAGCGCCAAAUUACCAAAUUACGUAUAGAUCGUCAGUUUGCGGCUUGCGUGUAUUAAAAAGCUUAUAUUGAAUUUAAAAAUUGUAAUUAUUUUUGAACCCUUGGAAAUUUAGUUCUUUAGUUCCCUCUUGGCUUGGUCGCUAUUUUCAUUCUUAAGAAGCCUGUCCGUCACUGAGGGUGUCCUCUUUGUGUCCGCUUAAUUAAUAGAGGUUUGACUCUAUUACAUUAUAUAAACUGCAUAAACAAUAUUAGUUUGAACUUCAAGAUGAUGAUGAUGAUGAAGAUUGGUAAUGACAGGAAAAGGCCAACUAACUGCAGUUCUUAAACUGAAACGUUUUAAUGAUCUUCUCAGUUGGCGUUCUCUACGGUACCACAAGUGUUGCGGUUGGGCAUCCAUUUGACACCAUCAAAACCAAGAUGCAAGCACAGCGUGGAUUUGAAAGUGAAGGAAUGAUCAGAUCAUUUGUGAAGACAGUGAAAACACAAGGCAUUAGAGGUCUCUAUAGGUUAGCUGUCAUGAUUGGAAAUUUCUUUGUAAAUCUAGAAUUUAUAUACCUUUAUAAGUUUUUAACUUUUCAUAAAUUAAUUUGCACAUACUAAUCAACUCUUAACUUCUUUACUGGACCAUAAUGUUAUUAUAAAAAAAUUUUUACUAGUUCUUUCACAGUGUAUAACUUGAAAUAAAUUUUAAAGACUGAGGAGAAGGCAGUUGACUAUUGUGAGAUAAGGAGGGGGGGCUGGUCUCCAAAAAAAUUUUUCAGCCCUUCGGGCCCCAAUUUGGUCUAAAAAUAAGGGGGAGGCCUGGGCCCACUGGGCCCCUCCCUUUGGAUCCACCACUGCUUUGUUUUACAACAGUUUUAAAUUUAUUUUUUCAGAGGAUGCAUUCCACCACUUUGGGGAUCUGGAAUCUACAGGUCAACACAGUUUGCUGUAUUUGAAGCCCUGUGAGUAUCCUAACUGUCAUUAACUGGUCCAGUGUUCUAGAACACUGUGAUGAGUGUUUCAUUAGAAGGAGGCAAAUCCCCUCUCCCUUGUGGAGGCUCAUGGUCAGUAGCCUGCAGGGAAAGAUGUAGGGGGGAUUUUGAAUUAUUGGAAUCAUCUCAGAUAUAAAUUUUGCAUCUGAGGCAAAGGAGAGGUAUGUAUGGUAGGAAGGGGAAAUGUGUUUGAACAACCGGGGCCAGGGGUAAGAAGGGGGAAGUGUAUCUGGGGUAAGAAGUGGGGGAUUUUUAUCUGGGUUAAGAAGGGGGAUGUGUAUCUGGAAAAAGAAGAGCGAAGAGUUUCUGGGAUAAGAAGAGAGAAGUGUAUCUGGGGUUAAGAAGUGGGAGUGAGUCCUGGAUUAGAAGGGGAAAAUGUAGCUUAGGUAAGAAAGGUUUAUCUGACAGUGCCGUAGCAAGGUUAGAUUUAUUUGUGGGGUCAAUCACGAGCACCGAAGGUGCAAGCUUCUAGGCAGGUCCGGGGGCAUGCUCCUGUGGACGAUUUUGAAAUAUAGGGUCUCUGAAAAAGCAUUUUCAGCCUUCUGAGAGCAUAAAUUUCCAGCAAUUUUUAACUGACUAAAAUCAUUGAUCGGAUAUGUAACUUCAACGUUGUUAAUACCUGCUUGAUUUUUCUUUGUUGAAGCCAUGAAUAAAUAAUUUUCAUGCUUUAUCAAACUGAAAUGAACACAUUGCACUGAAGAGCAGAGCGAAGAGUGUGGCCGCUGACCAAAUUAAACAUGCCUGUCAAAAUUAUUGGGGGGUGCCCUGCCGGCCCUCCCCAUGCUAUGGCACUGAUCUGGGUAUUAGAAAGGGGAGUGGAGCUUGGGUGAGAGAGGGAAAGUGCAGGCAAAAGUAUUCUGCACACCUAUGAUUCUAGAUGCAUCUUAGUUGCACCUGAGAAGGAUUGUUUUAGAAUCAAGUAAUUGGAAUUUUUUAUUGUUGUGAUCCCCACCUGAUGAAGCAUCAAUGACAUAAGCAUACAACAGAUAAGAUUCCAUUUGUCGAUCUGUGAAUUUUUGGCUGUGCAUUUAGUUGGUGUGAAGUGGUGGCCUUUGAUUAUAACUUUGAUGAUUUGCACUCCCUCCUCAAUUUUCUAGUAUCUGUUUUUAGGUACACAUAUUUCAAUGGAUUUGGAAGAAGAGAAAUUCCUGGGACUGGUGGAUUACAGAUGUAAGUUAUUAAUUUUUACGUUAUUUUUGCAUGACAAGAAAAACGAAGGCCGGUCAGAGAUUUCCUAAAAGGAGACAACACUAUGGAAAGACUUCUUUUGUGAACUGUCAUGUUUUCUUGGACAUAAGUUCAUUCACAAUCAUUUUAUUAACAGGAAAGUGGCAUUCAAUAGACCCUGAGCACAGAGGCAUAGAAAGAUUUAAAAUUUUUUAGAUUUACAAAUAACAAAAAAUGAGAUUGUUUAUCGUCUAGAAAUGUACCCUUUGUUAGUACUGGGAAAACUCCUCAAGUUUUACAUUAAGCUUUAACCUGCCUCUGUUGACAUGUACUUUUCUAUUGUUGUUCGGAUCAAGGACGGGCCAAUCAGUUUCAAUAGUUUUUGUUACUGUACCUACGUCAUGAUUAAUUUAGUUUGUUAUAUAUUGUUGCAGGCGAGUGUUAAUAGCUGGGGUGGCAGCUUCAACAUCAAGAGCCAUUAUCGAGACACCCCUAGAGCUUGCCAAGGUACAAUAAUAUGUGAGAGGUAGAGAUUGUGUGCAUUGUACUUUUCCCGAGAAUCUCUAUGAAGAAAGGCCCAGCCUGCGAAACCUGCAGCCAUCUCUGUUGUUCCUCGCCGCCAAGACGUGUUUUCAAUCUGAGUUUUACGAUCAGAUGGGAACUUGAAGAUAAAAACUUCCUCAAAAUAGACAACAGUUUAAAGUAUCGGAUUAUGGCGAUUAAAACAAAUAAUAACUUCAUACCUUUCUCCAACUGAAGCGUGACUUUCAGAAAGCCUCGAGGGACAGACUAGAUCAGUCAGGGGCACCCAACGAGGAUAUAGUUCAAAACCACUUAACAAAGCAUUGUUGAGCGUAUUUUAGUAUUCAAACGGUAGAUAUAGGCAUAUUUUUAUCCCCUAAAAACUUUUCAUCUGUUCGGAUUUCCUAGCUGAAAGUCUAGUGAUCCGAAAAUUAUAGGGAUAAAAACUUAUCUUCUAGAAACUUUCAGCCAGGAAAAGGCUCCCGAAAAUUCUAGGUGGCCUUUUUUAGGGUCAAAAUCCGUUAAAAAUGGGUAAUUAUACCAUCUUGUAGAUGUUCGAAAAUCCCAGGAGAGGCAGGCAAGCAAGAAAUUUUACAACAAAUGCUCCGAAAAUUCUAGAUCUCAAAUCGUCUUCCGAAUAGAUAUUUUCCCGAAAAUUGCCGUUGGGUGCCCCUGAUCAGAAACCAGGCUUCGGUUGGUCAACAGUCAAAUGUCCCGACCCUGGGGUCGUUUCGCACGAUGAAAAGCCCGACAGGGGGGAUAGUCUCAGCCAUCAAAUCCCCCUCUUGCCUACACUCCCCCCCGGCGGAAUUUCCAUUGAUAGGUGCAUAAGCUGGCAGUGAGAGAGGUUCAACUGUAUUAUAGUCAUUUACAUUUACCUUUGUGAAUUUAGUUUAUAUAAAGUUCUGCGUACAUUUAAGUGCUCCAAGUUUUUUCUUGUUUCCCUUUCAAUUUACGCCUCAGGUACGGAGACAAACAGGCCAGUCAUGGCACUUCAGAGGGUUAUACAAGGUGAGAAAAUAAAACUGAACUUUUGUGGUAACAAUCCAUACCAAAACUAUGACAUCCUUUUUCAUUUGUAACCGUGAAGUGCGUUAAACAAAGAAAUCAUUUGAAGCCACGGUAAAGAACAUCUUUCAGUAAAAUAAUCAGUAGGGGAUAAUAACACAGGGUUUAAAGACAGACAAAAUCAGUGGUAGGCCGGGUUGUCGUGAUUAACAGUGAAGUGCCGGCAACCGGCUUAAAAACCGGCUACUUUGAGGUUUGAGCCGUGAACUUUUUUGGAAAAAGAGGUGAAGUGAUGGAAUGAAAGCCUGAAAUUGUCUGCAGCACUCGAUUACCAAGCUGCAUACUCUUAUCCUAGCUGUCUACUUUAAAACUUAAUGAGAACCGUGAGUGGACAGUGAAUUUUGAAGAAAACUGACUUCUAGGUUUUCUGCUCUUGUCUAUAGGGUGCAGUCGUACGCUUCAAAAUUGUUCCGCGAUUUGCGACCUGAGUGGUCUUAGCAAAUUUCCGUAUCUGAUGAAACAUAUCAAUCGCAAACAUAAUGAUUAAUGCAAGAAUCUUUGCGAAAUCAUGGCUCAUUACAAUGUACCUAGAGGGGUACGCAUCAAUUUCUAUGGAGGCCAUAAACCCCUUUCAACCAUGCCCCGGCCCAGGAAGAGCCUUCAUUCCCGACUCUCUCCUCGCCCGGUACCAGGGCAGCAGGCUGGCGGAAAUGUAUGUUGGCAUAAUUUUUUUUCCGUUGCAGGGCUUUGGUGUGACGUGGUGUCGUACAAUGGGUCUCAUGUGUACGUAUUUUGUUCUUCUGGAUUCUGGAAGAAGACAUUUACCAGACCUGUUCAGAAGACCGAUCUUGGGUCCCUUUCUUGCCUCGGGUAUAGCAGCCACGUAUCCUUUUCAAUCGGUUUAAUUUACAUCACAGACUUGCUCCUGUCGUGUUAUGUCUUAAUCAUUUCCUUCUUCCUCCCGUUUUUUCCCCUCCUUUUCUAUCACUUCUCGCUGUCCGCUGUACUUAGUCCAAAUGGAAGGAUCAUGCGCUGAGCAGUAUCAAAGACCAUCUUUCUACAGUCGAUAGCAAAAAUGACUCUUGUUUAAAGUAGUAAAGCAGAGUAUUCGCUGAAGUAAGCCAAGACAUUAACUUCAAAAUCAAACGGGGAAAAAUAAGGUGAAAAAUAUCCUGGUUUAUGUAAGUGCAAGAACUAUGCCAGCUGCAUUAUAACAACGAAAAACCCAUAUGUACAUGCAAACUGACAAGCAAACAAAGGAAGCUUACAUUGCAAGUAUUCUCGUGCGAAAUAAGCGCGAAUAAGUUUUGGGCGCGAACAAAAACCUUCUUAACUUGCACAAAGGUCUACGUAUGGCUCGUAAAGAGGCCUUUUUGAGCAUGCUAAAAUAUAUGCGACCACUCCGACCAUUUAACAUAAAUAUACAGAAAUGACUCUUCUGUAUGCUGCCCUCCUGCUUCCAACAACAAAAGAUACUGUUCUCGAAAAUUUCUCAGGGUGUCCAAGAAGAAUUUUAGUUCGAUAUGUACAGAAAAAACCCUCGAAAAGGAGAAGAUAGAGGGACAGACAAAAGUCUCGUCGAGCAUAUUCUACAUGUUCUUACUGUACAUUGUGAUGCUUUCUCGUUCAUCGAACGCGAUAGCUUUCUAGUGUAAUUUGUCCUUGACAUUUUGUCGUCUUGCUUGGUGGGUUGUCUGGCCGUUAGAGAACAUGAAGUCACAGGUACAAGGGAAUUACGGCAAGUAUGUAACCUCUUCAUUCUUUUUUCAACACCUCUUUUAAGAAACAUAUCGUCCUCUGGAGGACGCCUUUCCUGGGCAACUGAGAAGAAGAAAUGGCCAGUGAUAAGGCCAAUAUCGCGCGCGAUUUUACCUUGAAAGUUAAUCGUAACUUGUUAGAUCUGCCAUCAACAUUGUCAUAACCAUCAUCACCAUCAUCGUCGUUGCCAUCAUCAUCAUCAUCGUCGUCGUCGACGUUGUCAUGGUUAUCACUAAUGAACUCUUCCAAAUAGACUCUUUCCACGCCAUAAUGAAGGCCUCGGCCCAAAAUAUCAGUCCUUAUUCGAGUCUCUUUAGGCCCUCUUUCUCCCUGCUCGGUUACCAAAGACUGAGCACAUUCAAAUUCAACAAAAUUCUAUCCUGUUGGAAUACGUAACUGGGUCGCACCAAGAAUCGUUGAGCUGUUACUCAAAGACCCUGUAAUGUAAACCCAAACCAGCCCGUAACCGUUAAAAUUUUAACCCUGAGUUAGCGUUUAUCGAGAUUCGAACAACUGGUCUCCCACCGUCUCUUUGUAACUUGCAUGCAGUAUUGCUGUAAUUUCUGUAUUGCUCUUUUUAAUAGCUUCCUCGUUACUCCGACCUCUGGCUGGCGCACGAUGUUAAAGAACUUGUAAAGAAAGGAUAGUUUUAUUCUCUACUGUCAGUCAGUCAGGUAAACGUGCGAUCAAAAUCAGCUUUGUUAACAGUCAGUCUUGAUUUAAACUCAAGGGACCUUCCUGUGGUGGCUCGUAUGAGGCUAGUUAUUAAAGAGAGGGGUGGCUUUUUUGGUCUGUACCGCGGGAUUGUUCCAGGAUCAAUCAGGAGCUUUAUGUCAAAUGGAACAUCUAUGAUUGCCAUGAGCUGGGCCCAAAGAAAAGUGUCCCAGUGGGGCCUCAGAGGAUGACAGUGUCUGGAGUGAAGCAGGAAUAUAAUUUAUAUACUUAAGAAGACUGCAAACAUUCUAGUCUUCACGGAUGGUCGCUGGGAGGGACUAUUUUUAAAAUCUAGUGACCUCGUGUUUCGACGGUGGCGCAUUAACAGUUAAGAUCCAGAAGAAAAAGUUAGCCAC